AUGUCUGUGUUUCCUUUUGCUUCAACCACUGUUGUGAAGAAUAAAACCCAGUUUUCAAGCCUUUUGCUUUCUAACUUCUUGCUCUCCUGCUCUUACAUUGUUAAUAAUCCUCUCUACUUCUCUUAUUUCAUCUUCUUCUCUCCUUAUCUUUUCAAGAUCUUCACUUUUCUUUCACCACUUUUUGUCACCACUUCCCUUUUGGUGCUUGCAUUUUUCACAGUAUUAAGGUCCGAAGUGGUCGAGGAUGAAAGUGAUGGCUUACCAUGCUUGGAGGAGCUUGAAGCGUACAAGAUCGUGUUUGAAACGUCAACCAUCGUUGAAAUUAGAGAAAACCCAGAUGAAGUUUUGGAGACGGAAGCCACUGUUGAUUGCUUACAAGCUGUUGAAGAACUUGACGAAGCUUUGGUUCACAACCCUGAAACAUUGACCAGUAGAACUACUUUAGAUGAAGAAUUGGCGGAGAUUUCACGACCGGUAACUGUUCAGGUAAAUGCUGAAGUGAAGAUCUUUGAAGAGUUUUUGCAAGAAAAAGAUGGGGACGGAAAAGACGAGGAAUCCAAGGCAAUGGGGAGUAAAAUAAGUGAUCCUAAGGUUACAAUGGAUGCCAGAAAUGGCGAGGAGGUUGGGGGAAAAGCAAUGGUGAGUUCCCAAAGAGUGAAGGCUGCUGAUUAUGUCGAUAAUUACAUUAAUAACGAAACAACAGCAUCAAGUUUUGGGAAUUUGGGAUCACUGAGGAGAGAAAAGGAGUGGAAAAGGACAUUGGCAUGCAAGCUUUUCGAGGAGAGACACAACGCGAAGGCUGCAACGGUGGAUGGAGGUGGUGAAGGGAUGGAUUUACUCUGGGAAACAUACGAGAGCAAUGGUUCCACAAAGUCGAAGCUGAAGAGCUUUGGCAGCUGGAAGAAAGGAAAGAAAGGUGGCCAUGGCAUAGAAGAUGAAGAUGACGAGGACUACGAGGAAGAGUCGGAUGGUCAUUUGUGCUGUUUACAGGCUCUCAAGUUCUCGACUGGGAAGAUGAAUUUGGGAAUGAGGCCCAACUUUGUUAAGAUCUCCAAAGCACUCAAAGGGUUUGGCUGGUUGCAUCAUGUUGGUAUCCCUAAGCAUACCAAGAAAGGCUACUACUGA